AUGCCCGCCUACUUCUACCACCUGAUUCUUGAAUUCUUUCCCGGCCCACGCAGCUCGUCGCCGACAACCUCGCUCGCUCUGGAGUCCGCAUGCGAAGCACUGCGCCCGUUCCAGUACCUCACCAGCUCCAAGUCCACGCACACUUCAAGUUCCAGCGCAAGUACCAACAAGGAACCUACUCACGACCGAAGAUCUCGACUUCAUCACCCUGACUCAUCAAGUGAUAGCGGGCGUCCAACCGCCAGCACAAAGACAGCUACAAGUACACCAAGCAAGAGCCCCUCCUCACCCCACGCCCCAUCUACCUCUCUGUCAUCCUCCAAUAAGUCGACCGACAUCCGCUUCGACACUAUCGCCAUCGAGUGCAUUGAUAUGGUUACCCCCGACUGUCCGCCAAAGCGCGCCCGCGCCCGCAGCGCCGCGCAGGAAGAAGAUAACCUCGUGGCGGCGGGCAUCGGCACCGAGAUCCUGGGUGGACUACGCACUAAGGGUCGCUAUAUCCCCUUGGAUCAGAAGGUCGGCGAGAGUAUCUGGGGAAUUGUUCAUUUGUAUCGCGAUGUGCGGGAGUCGUCUUUCCUCGCUGAUGAUGACGAUUACCCGACCUACUUGAAAGGGUCCUCCGCUGCUGUUGCGCGACAUGGGCCUGACUCCGGGGGCUAUGAUGCCAUCGCUGCUGGCAGUGGUCCUGGCGCGAGUAGCAAGCAUGGAACUAGAUAUGGACAUGGCAGGUCGCGGUCUGGAGCGAAGAGCACUGAUCCACCGGGGUAUCCGUUUCCUGCGAUGGCGUCGUCGUCGGCACAGGGCCCCGAGGAAGAUUGCACGACGCUGUGCAUUUUGGCUGUGCCGGCUUAUCUAUCUGGCUCUGAUUUUUUGGGCUUUGUGGGCGAGAAGACUCUUGAUGAUGUUUGCCAUUUUCGAAUGAUUCGGACCUCGCGUGCGAAUCGGUACAUGGUUUUGAUGAAGUUUCGGAGUGGGAGGAAGGCAAGAGAAUGGCAGAAGGAGUGGAAUGGGAAAGUCUUCAAUAGCAUGGAGCCUGAGACCUGCCAUGUCGUCUUUGUCAAGUCAGUUGAAAUCCAGGUAGCCGAGCCGGGAUCUCUUUCUGGUUUCUCAUCCGACUCUGGCGUAAUUCCACCCUCAAACAGUCAAGGCACACCCCGGCACGGCGUCGUCCCAUCAACUAGCCAAGCAACCUUAUCCUCGAAACCCCUCGCCCCUCCAACACCAGCUCUGAUCGAGCUCCCAACAUGUCCCGUUUGCCUCGAGCGGAUGGACGAAACAACCGGUCUCCUAACAAUUAUCUGCCAACACGUUUUCCACUGCACAUGUCUUCAAAAGUGGAAAGGCAGCGGCUGCCCCGUCUGCCGCUACACGCAAGACGAAUUCCGCAAAACCAGCCAACUCCCCUGCGAAGACGAAGACCCCGCCGAAUGCAGCGUCUGCCAAUCCGACCUUAACCUUUGGGCAUGUCUGAUCUGCGGCAGCGUCGGCUGCGGCCGAUACGACGGCGCCCACGCCUUCGACCACUGGAAACAAACCUCCCACGCCUUCGCCAUGGAUCUCACCUCCCAACGUGUCUGGGACUACGAAGGCGACGCAUACGUACACCGCAUCAUCCAAAGCAAACCUGGGGGCAAACUCCUCGAGCUCCCAGCCGCAGACCACUCCGCGCUGGAUCCACCAGACUGGGAGGACGCCGUCCCACGCGAGAAACUUGAGAACAUGAGCGUGGAAUACACCCACCUCCUCACGAGCCAGCUGGAGAGUCAGCGCGCAUAUUUCGAAGAGAUUGUUGAACGGGCGGCGGAUAAGGCGUCGCAGGCUAGUGCGGCUGCUGCUGCUGCCGAGGCGGCUUCUUCCAAGACUAUGAUGGCGUUGGAAGAUCUUCAGUCUAAAUAUGAUGCUCUCUCCGCUGAGGCGAUACCGGGUCUCGAGCGUGAUCGAACACGUCUUGAGAAGCGGGCGGAUAAGUUCGAGGCACUUGCCCGGCGGAUGGAGAAGGAUUACCGCGAGGAAAAGACUAUGAAUCAGUCUCUUUUAGAACGAUUGGAUCUUCUUUCUGGAGAGAAUACGACACUGAAGGCUGAAAAGGCGGAUUUGGAGGAACAGAAUCGUGAUCUGACUUUCUUUAUUAGCAGUUCGCAGCAGUUGCAAGGUCAGGGGGAGGAUAUUGUUCAGGGAACUGUUAGUGUUCCUGAGCCUGAGGUGAAGAAGAAGAGGAACAAAGGGAAGGGCAGGAAGUGA